AUGGAUCUUCACCAACGUACACAUCAGGAGAAUUUAGGAUCAAUUGGCUCGCAAUUGCAUGGUAUUCCGGUCGACACGACUGGGUCGUCAUCGUCGACACCUAUGCUGAAUGCGGGUCGCACUCCUGCGACAAAGCCAACUUCGCUUUUGGAUAAUCUAGGCACACAGCGUUCUAGUUCGCCGUUUCUGACUAACGGGGAUAACUCGUUUUUCGCACGGCAGGCAUCAUCGGUUCAGCAACAGCAGCCGCAGCAGCAACAACAGCCUCAAAUGACGCCCAGUCAUAGCUAUGGCGGACUGCAUGAGAUUCCGGGGUCGACUUCGGCUCCGCUGCUCGACUGGGGUAGUGGUAGUGGUAUUGGCCAAGGCUCCAUGUUGGAUGUUGCAUCGGCCUCAAGCAACGGUUUUGCUAGGGUCCCGCCAGGACCACCGCCGCCGCCGGGCGUUUAUGGGUCUCAGCUGCCGGUAGUCGAGUCACAAUGGAAAUAUAUAGAUUUCCAGGGUGUUAUCCAGGGUCCUUUCCCCUCGCAAGCUAUGUCCAAUUGGUACCAAGCUGGCUAUCUCCAGUCGUCGUUGCAAAUCACUCGCAUUGCAACGUCUCCUGAGCCUUUCGGAAUCAAUGAUGCUUUCACUCCCUUGGGUGAUUUGAUUGCGAAAGUGGGCGACUUUUCAGAUCCUUUCUCGAAGUUUGAUUUUAUCGUGGCUCAAGCGCAGGCUCAAUUCCAUGCACAGUAUCAGCCAAAUGAGCAUCUUCCGUCGCAUACUCCAACUAUCCACCGUCCAACUCUCUUCGAUGAUCUUGCCUUGGAUAAGAAGGAAACUACCUAUGUUUCCGCCCCAUUACCAUCUAACGUUCAGAAUGCUACCACGUUUCUAAAUGGAUCUGACUUUAAUAUUGAGGCUCCGGACUACACUCAUGGCGAAUUACUGCGGAUGCGUGAUAGUGAUGGAGGCUACUACCACGAAACGGUUUCCCAGGUCCCCAUUGAUAAGUAUAUCGAAAAGGAAGCCGCAAGAUCUAGAACUUCUGAUGCCCCACUUUUCAAAGGAAGGCACAAACUAGAUCAAGAAGCUGUUCAAAGGAGACGCGAACAUGAACUCGCUGUCAAGCAAAAGCAGUACGAGCAGGUAACACCUAUAGAGAGUGUCACUCAAGAAUCGUUACCGGCGAGUGAGGAAACUGUGGUGGCAGUAAACGGUUAUGAACCAACGCAGGUUGCAUUUACUGAAUUAGAGGGUAUUGCAAAACAGCGUCAGAAGCAACAAGAAGAGGCAGAGCGUCGUGGAAUCGCCGAUGAGGCUGCUCGCCAGCAUUUGUUGGCCCAGGAAAAAGAACUUGCUGCUCGAGAACAGCAGGAAGCAGAGGAACAGGUCAAGCGUGAAGAACAGGUCAGACGCGAAGAAGUGGAGAAAGCUCGUGCGGAGGCAACUUCAUCGAGAGCAUCUACCCCGGCACUUUUAUCUGCCAAACCUGCCCCUUGGGCCAACAAGGGAAACCCAGCCUUUACAGCACCCUCGUUAGCUGACGUUCAACAGAAGGAAGCUGCCCAGCGGGCAAAGCGUAAGCAAGAACAAGAACAACAGACGCGGGAGCUUGCGGUGAAACUACAACAGCAAGUCAUGAUCGAAGAAUCCAGUAAGCCAAGAAUUGAUUCGAUCGCGUCAUGGGCGAGCAAGAAGAAUGGUAUUUCUACCCAAGAUCAAUUGAAAGCCCCAGUAAAAACGAUUGAACAAAUUCAAAAAGAGCAAAUGGAAGAGAAAAAGUUUUUGGAAGAGCAGAAACGACUCUGGGAAGAAGUUCAAAGGAACGCCAAGCUUGGUGCGUCUAACCCUAGCACCUUAACUAAUGAAUGGACCACUGUCUCCAAAAAGCAGGCAGCUGUCAAUAAAGCUGGUAUUGCCAACAAGUUAUCCAAACAACCAAGUGCAAAUCUAAAUCCUGAGAAGCUUCGCUCUAUGAGUGCAAACCAAGCCAAACAAGUAGGUUCUUCCACCAGCAUCCCAACUUUAAAGACAAGAGCUGUUGCUGCUCCUGCAAAACCUACAUCCAAUUACGUUGGAAACGCGUCGACUUCGUUGCGUCAAGAGUUUUUGAAAUGGAGCAAAUCACAGCUUAAGUUGUCAGCUGACGUAAAUGUGAAUGGUGUUUUAGACGUUUUACUCAGUUUGCCAGCUGGCCCAGAAUCCAAGGAAAUCAUUGCCGAUACAGUUUAUUCCAACAGUCCAUCCAUGGAUGGAAGACGAUUUGCUACUGAGUUCAUAAAAAGACGUGCCGAAUGCGAAAGCAAACUCACGGAUUCGAUGUCUUGGAGCGAAGCUUUGUCGAUGCCCGAGGGCAAUGCUGAGGAUUGGGAGUUCCAGGUUGUUGGCAAGAAGAAGAACAGAAAGCAUUAA